UGAUGGCCCUUUCCAUGGACUAGAGAUGUGCCACCGAGGCCUUAUAAAUAUACAUAUGCUAGGGUUAGGGUUAGCCAUCAAACCGCAUAAAGCUAUGUAGCUUUCCUUUCUUUUCUAUUCUUAAUUUUUCUGUUUUCCUUUCGUAGCUUAAUUAACAAGGAGAGAGCUGGCUUUUUCUUCUUGCUCGCUUCUGGGGUUGGAUGAGAAAGCCAUUGCCAAGAAACUAGUACCACUACAGCUACUACAGUACAGUACAUUUCCAUCAAAUUGUAGAGAGGAACUAGGGUUUCCAAGGGAUGAAGAAACGUCAAGUGGUGCUGAAAAUUGGAAGAAGUUCCAGUACUUCGUCUUCAGUGAUUAGAAACGUGAGAUAUGGGGAGUGCCAGAAGAAUCACGCGGCGAAUAUUGGAGGAUAUGCUGUGGAUGGCUGCCGGGAGUUCAUGGCAAGCAGCGCGGAGGGGACGACUGGGGCUCUAACAUGCGCGGCUUGUGGUUGCCAUAGAAACUUUCACAGAAGGGAAGUAGAAACUGAGGAAGUCUGUGAGUAUACUCCACCUAAUUCUUCAUAAGGUCCACAGCUAAAGAACACCAAAAUAGAGUAAAAAACCCUCAAAUAUAUAUAUGAAUUUAGCUGAUUAUUGCUGUUUGUAGAUUAAUCUUGUUGUACUGGAUUCUUAUCAUCAAAGAAUCUCAAACUUCAUGUACUUUGCUCUUGAAAUGUUGAUCAUUAAAGAUGUAAACUCUAUCAAACUCUAAAUAUAUAUAUGAUCAAUUGUG